GGCGGCGGCGGCGUCUCUCGCAGGGCUCAAUCCGAUGUCCCAGGUGAGAAACGGGCUCCCCAGCCGUUCUUCUGACCCGCUCGAUGGAGCCCCCCAGGUGGAUCCGGCGCCUUUCCCAUCCCCCAGCACAGGCCAAGAUACAAAUGCGGGCCCUUCCUCCGUGGCGAAUUCAGCGGUAGCACCAACGACUCCAAACUCUCCAACCCCAGCUCGGAUUUCUCAGAAUCAGAACACAGAUGUGAAGGAGGAAAACCCAGCAGAAGUUCAUCCAGCAUCUCGCAGAUCCCUGGUGAAUGGAACAGCCAAGGGAAAAUCAGAGGAUGACUUUGCAGUAGCAGCAGAAGCUGUGACACGCCAGCCCCAGAGCCGAGUAACAGUCCGGACUCCUCCAGCUUCGACGUGUGUCCCUCUGCUGCAGAAUGGUGCUGGGCGUGAUCGUGGCAGUUCCAAUGGCGAGGCUGGGAACGGUGUCCUGUGUUCUGAACUCAAGUCACUCUCCAGCUCCCAGAAGCCGCAUCGGAAGCUACAGUCGCAUCACUCCAUCAACAGCCAGAUCAGUAAAAAGAGCAAAGGCAGCUCCAAAUCUGCAUCUUCUCAAAUCCCUACUGAAGCACAGGAAGAUUGCUGUGUCCACUGCAUCCUCUCCUGCCUCUUCUGUGAGUUCCUGACCCUCUGCAACAUCAUGCUGGACUGUGCCACUUGUGGCUCCUGCAGCUCCGAAGAUUCUUGCAUCUGCUGCUGCUGCUGCGGCUCUGGGGAAUGCGCCGAUUGCGACCUGCCCUGUGACAUGGACUGUGGCAUUAUCGAUGCAUGCUGUGAAUCGGCUGACUGCCUGGAGAUCUGCAUGGAGUGCUGCGGCCUGUGCUUCUCUUCCUGAAAUCCGGAGCCAGGAUGUAGGGGCUCUGAGUAUGCCGCUGGUGGGGCGAGGGGGGAAAGACUUGACCUUGAGGUCUCCAUUGUUCUGCCCCACCAUCAAACGAUCAGGAUCCAAAGAAGCUCAGUUUGGAGCAAGCGAUGGUCCCCGGGGGAGGUGACAGCGUUGAGUAUUGGAACCAAAACCCUGGGCUUGAAAAACCGCUUGGAAACAAGCAGCUCUCCCCCCACCCCCAAACUGACAUUAAAGAUUUGCAGGGUUCUUGAAGGACAAG